AUGCAGGCGUGCAUGGAGCAACCCGGGGACAGUUUAGGCCGCCUUUCCGCCCCACUUUCAUCACGCUCGCAUGCGACAACCGGGGUGGAGCCCGCUGUCGUACUCGCAGGGCAGGACCACACCAUCACAAGGGAGGUUAUUUGCCAGGACAGCGCGGUAUCUAUUCACGGUGCCGAUAUGGAAUGGAUGCGGAGCGCCGUUUUCGGCGAGGACACCCUAUCACCUGUCAGGGUUACUAUGAGGCUGUUUAUGGCGGGCGGCGAGGAGAAAGAGGACAGCGAUGAUGCAGGAACACAUCGCCAGAUGCAUCCAGGGCGCAAAAAGUGCGGCUGCGUCAUAUUGUUCCCCCCUUGUGCUCUCGAAUGCUAUUUGGCGCAAGGGCGCCGAGAGGACUCCGACGAUGAGGAGAAUGGCGACGACACGGAGGGUUCGGACGAAGAGGCGGAGCGCGACAAGGACAUGGUCCGCGAUAUGCAUAAUGCCGCCGCGGAAUAUGGUGAUGUUCGGGAUGACGAUAGCUCCGUACAAAAUCUUUGGGUUUACGUGCGGAGCCAAAUCGCGAGCGGUCUUCGCGGAGGCCUAGACGGCGUCAAGAGGAAGGUGUGGGAGAGGGUGGACCCCCUCUUCUUCGAGGGGCGUAGACGCUGGCUUGGCCCGCUUUGGAAGAAGGUCGAAGAUCUUGCCCCGACCACGCGCUUGAUUUCCGACGCUUGGAACGGCCACGUUGACGGAGUCGCCGCCUUCGAACACCGUAAGGCUGAUACUAAGGCGGCGACUGCGUCCACCUUGACCCUCAAUGCUGGCUGGGAGGGUAGACUCCGGGCGUGGAUAAGUCAGCCGGAAGUGUUGGAGGCAGGGUUGCGAGACUACCAGGAAGAGAAGGAGUUGCACUACCUAUCCUGCAUCAUCAAUCACGUGGAGGAGGUGGGUUGAUACGGUAGUCAGUUAGAGAGUUGGGCAUUUGUGGAAUGGUUUGCGUGUCAUUCCGCAUCCGUGUGUAAACAAGUCAAAACUUCCAUCCUUCUGCAUCUGCACGUUACUGCGGUGAUUGUACGUUUGACAGAGUGCGCCGGGUGUUUAUUUCUGGUAGGGAUAGGUGUGUUGGAGCUACCACCAAUUCCUGGCGCUCGGGUCUAGAAUCAACCAUCCUAUUUCAUCUUGUUAAUGUGUAUUCCACGACCAAGUAGCUGAGGUACUCUCCCCAUGCCCGCGCUCCUCUGAUCGAACCGUUCCCCAUCCCCUCCCCUUAAUG